CCCUCUUUCCUCACUCAAUCACUUCGGCCAGCACCAAGGGAAAGGGGAGAAAGAGCUCUGAAAACUCAUCCUCCAUAGCCAAGAACCGAGCUCAAGAAGGAGUAUCCCAAAGGAGGUGUUUUAAGAAGGAAAAAGGCUAGGAGAAAGUGAGAAAAGUUGAGGAACUUGAUUAAAGUAUUUUUGAGCUUCGCCGGAGUUUCGCCGGAGUUGGUCAAAGUUCACCGGAGUUGGUCAAAGUUCGCCGGAAUUAGUCAAAGUUCCACCGGGAAGCGGAGAACGCGCUUAAGCUCACUCGAGUUUCAGGUAGAACUUGAAGGUUGCUACCACCGCCCGUUGCUUCGGGAAGAUCAAAGGAGGGAGACGUGAAAUGGAACCAGUUGGAAGGAUCACUAGGAGGAACCCGACGGGCCGUGUGCCGGGUGGGUCCGAGCGCGGUAGCAGGGGGUCCUCUAGGGGAUCAAGAGGAAGAGGCCGCGGAGGCCGACAACAACAAACCGUGAGCAAUGGCCACGUCGAUACGGAAAGCGAGACCUAUUGGUCUUAUGAGGACUCGACCUACCGGCCGGAAACUGAGCCGGUUGAGACCCCUUAUGAAGGGGAUGACGACGAUGUUAGUGACGAGGAGGAAAAUGGCUCCUUGGCUAGGAUUGAAGCACUGCUCCAACAAUAUCAUCGGGAGCGUGAGGAAAGGAGAGAACGCCGAAGGCGCCGUGCAGGGCCACCUUCGGGCGGGGCUCCAAGAGGGAGGAGUUACUGUGAUUCGAGGACCCAUGUAGAAGCGCAUGGGAGUCGUGGUGAUGGAGGUCCAACCAUAAGGAUCUCCAAAUACAUCAAAGAGGCGAGAGACUUGGGGUGUAAACCGUUCGAUGGGACGGGAGACAUCUCAGUUGCCGCGCAGUGGAUCAAGAGGCUGAACGAGGCAGCCCUUGACAUGCAACUCACCCCCGAUUUCAAAUUGAGAAUCGCGGUGAGGUUACUUGAAGGGUUAGCAUCCAAGUGGUGGGAUGGAACCAAGGGUAAGUAUGGCGGGAC